AAGAAGAUAGAGCCUUCUACAUACAUACAUACACACACGACACGUUAGCGAACGGCAUCAGGCUUCCUUCGUCUUCUUGGGCUCUCGAAUUUGUGUCUCUAGAGCCCGCGGGGGUGUCGUAGGGCGAGAAAAUGUCGAGCAACGACGAGACCCUGGACGACGUGAAUGGGGAAACGUUUGAGAAGCCGAAUCAGAGGAUCAAAGACCGAUCUAAGAAAGUGGCUCAAACCAAAGAGAUAUUGUCGAAGCAAGCGGUUAAGUCCAAGGAGAUAUUGUCCAAGCAAGCGGUUAAGAUCGCUAAACAGGCCGAAGAACAUGAAAGAUUCAUCAACAAGGUGACUCAUCUCUGUGGUGUUCUCAGUUUUGGAGCAUUUUGCUUUGUUUUGGGUGCAAGGCCUCAAGAUAUUCCCUAUGUAUAUUGUUUUUUCUAUGUCACCUUCGUUCCUCUUCGAUGGAUCUAUUACCGGUUCAAGAAAUGGCAUUAUUACCUUUUGGACUUCUGCUAUUACGCAAAUACUAUCUUCUUGGUGAUGCUUUUGUUCUAUCCAAGAAAUGAAAAGCUUUUCAUGGUUUGUUUCUCAUUUGCAGAGGGGCCAUUAGCAUGGGCAUUGAUUGUGUGGCGUUGCAGCUUAGUUUUUAGUUCCCUUGACAAACUUGUAAGCGUCCUCAUCCAUCUUUUGCCCGGGAUAGUUUUCUUUACACUCCGCUGGUGGGACCCUGCAUUCUUUGCGGCCAUGCAUCCUGAGGGCACUGCUCAGAGAGCAUCGUGGCCAUAUGCAGAAAAUAGAUCUUACCUAUGGACAUGGCUAUUUCUUGUACCCUUGGCUGCUUACACCCUAUGGCAGGUUCUCUAUUUUCUCAUCGUAAAUGUCCUGCGUCGACAAAGGCUGUUAAGAGACCCCGAAGUCAUGACUUCUUACAGGGAACUCUCAAAGAAAGCGCAGAAGGCUAAUAACGUAUGGUGGCGACUAAGCGGCUUGCUGGGGGAACAGAAUCGCCUCUUCAUGUAUAUUCUGCUUCAAAUGAUAUUCACAGUAGCAACCACGGCACUCGCUGUGCCUAUAUUUCUGUCCUAUAGACUACAUGUCAUCUUCCAAAUACUCAAGGUCUCUGCAACGAUAUGGAAUGGAGGAAGCUUUUUACUUGAAGUGAUGCCGAGGCAGGUUAUCCUUAAGGAGAAGAAGAAAACAGAGGUGCAACCUGGAGAAAUCCGGCAUCAUCAGCCGACAGAUGCUAUCGAUUCUACGAAGCAACAAGAGUCGUAACAGUUGUGUGCAAAUAGGCUGUCGUACAACUCCGAUUUUGUGUCCCAUAGGAGGGAGGCCAAGUCAUUGAUGAAUGAUCCAGCCUCUUUACAUGUUUUUUGAUUUGUAGUUGUAGCAAAGCAAAGUGAAGUGUGGAACUGCAUUGCCAUUCAAUGUUUUUUCUGAAUUCAAACUUGGCAUAUCUGAAUAUAUUCAGUUCACAGACAUGGCUGAA